AUGUAUGUAGUAUUUUGGGGAAAAUGAAUAUUGUUCCGAGUAAAAUACUCGACGUGGGAUGGAAAUUUGGGGUGACAGCGGCGAGUAGCGAAUCUGAUAGAUUGGGAAAAACGUUUCUCCAGCUACGAUUACUCGUCGACGAGGGUAACGGGGAAACAAAUAGUAUAUUCACGGAAAUGACACUUGGACAAUUUUACAAAUUCCUCCAUGAGCUUGAGAAAGCCAAAAGCAGCUUAGAGUUGUUGCAAUAAUUAUGAUAAUGAAAAUAAUAAUAUAUAAAAUAAUAAAUCACAUACAAAUAUUUAUGUAUAGUAUAUAAAUAUUGUUGAUGCAUAACAUCGCGUAAACAAUACCGUCAUCGAUACGCCUCGAUUCAAGUAUUAGAAAUAUGUUUAUUCAAGUAUUUCUACGCACUGCUAAAAAAUGAUAAUUACAUUAAAUAAAAAUUAAUCUCGCAUGA